AUGGCGCUGGCGAUAAAGCUACCCCAGGACCGGAAACGUGUUAAAGUCUACGAAUUACGAGAUAAUGACUGGUUUGACCGUGGAACGGGCUUUUGUACGGGCGCGAUUGUCGAGGAUAUGCCCCGGAUAUUCGUCGAGUCGGAGGAUGAGAAGGGUCGCUGUCUGUUAAACACAACGAUAGGAAAAGAGGAAGGAUACCAGAAACAGCAAGAUACACUCAUCGUGUGGACUGAAACCAAUGGAACCGAUAUGGCCCUUAGUUUUCAGGAGGCCGAUGGAUGUGCUGCAAUAUGGGAUUAUGUCAGUAGUGUUAGGGAUCACUUGAUCGCUUUGGCCGGAGAUGACGCCCUUUCUGACGAGGCCAUCGAGGCUUACCAUCAACCUAUCAUGCUUCCACCACCUACUCUCGGAAACCUCUCUGAAAUUGAAGCAGCCGUUCGCGCAGCUAGCAUGUCGCAGGUCGGUCGCGAUGCACUGGGGAAAUUCGUUCUUAACGAAAACUAUAUCGAUAAAUUGAUACCGUUAGUCUCGGAUGCUGAGGAUAUGGAGAGUCUACCCGACCUCCAUCGCUUGUGCAACAUCAUGAAGUCUCUGAUCCUACUCAACGACAACGUUAUCAUAGAGCAUGUGGUUACGGAUCCAAUCAUCAUCGGCGUGGUUGGCGCCCUCGAAUAUGACCCUGACUUUCCUACACACAAAGCGAAUCAUCGUCAAUACCUCCAAGACCAGUCCAGAUACAGAGAAGUGGUCCCUAUGAAAGAUCCCAUCAUUCAAAAGAAGAUCCGACAGACGUGGCGAUUACAAUACCUAAAAGAUGUUGUUCUGGCCCGCAUCCUAGACGACCCCACGUUCUCGGUCUUGAACUCGCUGAUAUUCUUCAACCAAGUCGAUAUAAUCAAUCAUAUUCAAACCAACGCCGCUUUUCUGAAGGAACUCUUCGCAAUAUUCGACCCGCGGAAUACGGAUCAACGCCGGAAAGACGAUGCUGUCUGUUUUAUUCACCAGUGCGCCUCGAUUGCAAAGAAUCUACAAGCGCCUGCACGUGCAACGUUGUUUUCUCAGUUUAUCGGCCACGGCCUGUUUCCAGUCAUAGCGUUUGCCGUCAAACAUCCCAAACCGGCAAUGCGCACUAUUGGAAUCGAUAUCCUCGUUGCUCUGCUAGAUCACGACCCCAUCAUGAUGCGAGGAUAUAUGCUCAAGGCUAUCAAUGAGAAGAAAGUACCACUCACGGACACAUUGAUUGACUUGUUGCAUACGGAAGGGGAUCUCGGGGUCAAGAAUCAGCUUGCCGAUGCUAUCAAAGUCCUACUGGAUCCGCAAAUAGCUAUACAUGAUCCUAUGAACAGGAUUGGUACUGAUUUAUCUGGCAAAGCUCGCUCCACACAUCAGCUUCCGGAUGCUUUUGUGCAAGUCCACUUUGAUGAUUCUGCCAAACGUCUUUUUACUCCUUUGAAGCAGCUAGAAGGUUGUGCUACCGUCUCCAACUUGACCUUCCAGGAGGUUACGCUUUAUGCACACUUAGUAGAUAUUUUGACAUUCUUCGUUCGACAACACCUAUUCAGGAGCCGCAACUUCAUCCACUCAGACAACCUUACUCCGCGCGUGGCACAGCUUUUGACUGUGCCUCAAAAACAUUUGAAGCUUACUGCUUUGAAAUUCUUCCGUACUCUCGUUAGCCUCCAGGAUACUUUUUACCUGGCGCAGUUGACCCACAACAAUAUCUUUGGCCUUAUACUUGAUAUUGUCCACGAGACAAUGCCGCGUGAUAAUCUGCUGAAUUCAGCAUGUCUUGAAUUAUUCGAAUACAUCAAGCGCGAUAACAUCAAGCCGAUUAUCAUCCAUAUGGUCGAGAAAUACCGCGAGAAACUAAAAGCCAUCACAUAUGUCGACAUCUUCGAGAAAUUGAUACAACGCUAUGAUGAGAUGCAAGGAUACGGACUUGAAGCCGAUGCUACGCUUUUCAGUCAAGAGGAAAUCCCGCCGGCGCAGCGUGGAGUACUCAAUGGUCAACGCUGGCAAGGUGUACGAGAAAUGGAUGCUGCCGAGGAGGAGUACUUCAACACCUCGGACGAUGAGGAAGAGUGGCCGUCGGACGCUCGCCAAGAAGGGUUGGCUAUCGCCAAUCAAACGGAAUCAAACGUUAGACUGGUGGAUUACCCUGAUGAUGACGAUGAAGAGAUGGAUGCGAAAUCGGAAACGGUAUCUGCAGAUAAGCAGGAAACUGAGUUACCUGAACACAAUGUCGCAGAUACAAACACGCCUUCACCAACAACUUCUACGCCUCAGCAUCCGCCAGAGAGACUUUCUGAGAAACGUCGCCGUGAUGAAGAUGACGAGGAUGAGUUGGUUCGGCUUGCCCAAAACGGAUCCAAGCGCCGCAGUUCCAGCGCCAGUUCUACUGCAUCAAUGUACUUCCGCCGUCGACAGAACUCAAUUGAUCGCAAUCACAAGAAUUUGGUGAACAACGAAGUCUCUACUACGACAACCAAUGCAGCACCGAAGAAAAUCGCCAUUAAUCUGAGCUCGGCCUUGAAAUCGCAUGUCACGGUAGAAGCCGAGGCAAUCCAACUCAGCGAGAUCGACGAACAAGCGUCAAACGGCGAUCAAACCAAGGAGACGAAAGAAAGUGAAACUACAGCUCAAAGUUCCUGAUCAAGAGGCGUUUCUUCCGCUUCGUACUACGUGCGCAAUAGAAAUCAUUGGAGUUGGGUGUGUUUGUUGUUUCAUUCGCAUUGAACGGACUGGGACGGGACGCAUCAACGGAGAUACCAAACGAAGUAUGGAAAAUGUAUGCAUUUAUCAUUGAGUGUGCGUUCUGUCUACCAUAUAUGGGAUGGCCCCAGAGGAUGUUUCUUCUCUUUUCCUUUUGUUCCGAUACAUCUACAGCUUUCUUCAUAUGUUGCAGUUGUGUUUCGAGAGGAUAUCAUUAUACCUUGAUUUUUUUUUUCCCUGCUCAGCUUACUUACGGUCUCUUGUUCACUGCGCAAGCAGGAAGAUACAAGACAGCAUUCAUGGCGUUGGUUGUGCUCGGUAUUAUAUGGACGUGGUUUGUUCCAUGACCGGAGGUCUUUUUUCGUGCUUCCUAUUUCAUGUUUUUUUCUCUUGAUGGAGGGUCCAUUCCCAGGAGGAUUGAGUCAAGGACAGAAGGACAGUGGAUUUUCACUAUCAUCAUGUUAUCAGAAGAGUUACUGUGAAUACAUAUGAUGCUCCUGUCUGGAGAUUAUUUAG